UUUUAGAGGAGAGAAUCUCACACUAAUUAAAUUUUCCUAAAUGAUUUACUCCAUUAAUUAGUAUUCCAUUGUACUGCUCAUAUACACACAGAUUGUUCUACUCAUAUACGGACUGAUUUUUCACUUAUCAGUUUUAUAUGGUUAUGUUUAUUUUUAGGUUAUGCAUAUACUUAGGUUAAAAACCUGCAGCAAGUUUCCAGAAUCCACAAGGAAUGCAUUCACGCUGAGUUAACAGUAGAUCAGUGCUUUAAACCGAUUAGCUGUGGAUUAGUCUGUUCAAUUUCUAAUCCACACCAAUGCACUGUGGCUCAUGUUAAACAAUGCACCGUCUUUCAGUGCAGUAUCUGCAAACAACUCCAGAGGGAAGUCAUGUGUUGUCUGUAGUGCAUCUAUGCAUUGAGCAAGAUGUCCAACAUAUACACUCUGAGAGAAAUGUUUGGUGGCCAGUGGUCAUCUAGCGAACGACUCGAUGGCAAAACAGUCAUUAUAACUGGAGCAAAUACUGGCAUUGGAAAAGAAACCGCAAGAGACCUGGCAGGACGCGGGGGCAGGAUAAUAAUGGCUUGCAGAGACCUUGACAAAGCAGAAGGAGCACAGAAAGAGAUCAUGGAGGACUCAGGGAACCAAAACAUAGUGAUCAGGAAACUAGAUUUAUCUGACACCAAGUCAAUCAGAGAAUUUGCUGAGACAAUCAACAACGAGGAAAGAGCUAUUCACGUACUCAUUAACAAUGCUGGGAUCAUGAUGUGUCCCUACUCUAAGACAGCGGAUGGUUUUGAGAUGCAGUUUGGUGUCAACCACUUAGGCCACUUUCUGUUAACCUUCCUGCUGAUUGAUCUGCUGAAGAGAUCUGCCCCCUCUAGAAUCAUCAUCCUUUCCUCCAUGGCUCAUAGUUGGGGCACAAUAGCACUUGAUGAUAUCAAUAGUGAGAGGUAUUACCACAGUAGGAGGGCAUAUGGUCAGAGUAAAUUGGCCAAUAUCCUUUUCACUCAUUACUUGGCCAAAAAACUCAAGGACACAGGUGUUACAGCAUACGCAGUCCAUCCAGGAAUUGUACGAACAAAACUUAAAAGACAUAUGAAUCUCGGGCUUCUGAUCAUGUGGAAGAUUGUCAGACCUUUCACAAAGACCCCAGUGCAGGGAGCACAAACUACCAUCUUCUGCGCAGUGGAACCAGAAUUAGACAAAGAGAGUGGUGGUUACUACAGCAACUGCAGACCUUCGAGAUGCACCAGAGCUGCUAGAGAUGAUGAAAUGGCUGAGAGACUUUGGGAGCUCAGCUGCCAAAUGCUGGGAAUAGUCUGGAACUAAAUGCAGUGUUUUCCGUACACAAUUCAGUAUAUUUU